AUGGAAUUUAACUCUAAACAAUCAGCUUAUGAAUUUUAUAAUUCUUAUGGAGGAAGAGUUGGAUUUAGUAUUAGAAAAGAAUAUGCUCAUAAAAGUAAGACCAGUGAAAUUACUUCAAGGACAUUUGUUUGUUCUAAGGAGGGUCUUAGAAAAUCUGAUAAAAGAGAUUUUGCUGUAAGGACUUCUAGGGCAGAGACAAGGACCGGUUGUGGUGCUUUGAUGAGCAUUAAAUUAAUUAGGCAAAUUGGGAAGUAUAGAGUUAUCAAUUUUGUAGAAACACAUAACCAUCCCCUUGUAGUAAGUGCAUGUGCUCAUAUGCUUCCUUCCCAAAGAAAAAUUUCCACCUCUCAAUAUAUUGAAAUAGAUUUAGCAGAUGACUGUGGGACACCUCUUAGGUCAUCCUAUGAGUUAAUGGGUAGAGAGUUGGAUACUGAAGAGCAAAUAACAAAUAUUUUUUGGGCAGAUGCUACAAUGAUAAUUGACUACGGUCAAUUUGGGGAUGUUGUAACAUUUGACACAACAUACAAGAUUAAUAGAGAGAGCCGCCCUUUUGUUAUUUUCGUUGGCUUCAAUAACCACCGAGAGACCAUUGUUUUUGGAGCUGCAUUGAUGUAUGAUGAAACAACCGAUUCGUUUAUAUGGUUGUUUAAAAAAUUUUUAGAGGCAAUGUCAAAUAAACAUUCAAAAACUAUUUUCACAGAUCAGGAUGCAGCAAUGGCUAAGGCUAUUUCAUAUGUGAUGCCUAACACAUAUCAUAGGCUAUGCACAUGGCAUAUGAUGCAAAAUGCUGUAAAACAUAUGAGUGGCAUUUUUAGCGGUCCUGGUGGGGUGAGAAGUGUUUUGGGAAAGUUUAUAGAUGAGUAUGAGGAGGAAGAGGAAUUUUUUGCAGCUUGGAAUGCCAUGUUAGAUGAGUUUGAUGUUCAUGAUAAUUCAUGGCUGCAAAGCAUUUUUCAUUUAAGGAAAAUAUGGGUUAGGGCAUAUGUUAGGUGGACAUGGUCAGUAGGGAUGAAGAGCACACAACUUAGUGAGAGCUUAAAUGCUGAUUUGAAAGAGUACUUGAGAUCAGAUUACAAUUUGAUUCAAUUUUUCAUUCACUUUGAAAGGGUGCUUAAUGAGAAGCGAUAUAAGGAAUAUGAAGCUGAGUAUGCAUUGUCAUAUAAGUUGCCUAGGAUAAAAGUCCAAGUUCUGAUGUUGACUCAGGCAGGAGAUGUUUACACAAAAACUAUCUUUGAAGAAUUUCAAGAUGAAUAUGUGGGUUCACUUGAGUUAUACGUAGCAAAUUGUGUUCACAAGGAUGAUUGUUUGGUUUGUAUUGUCAAAGCAUAUCGACAAUCUACAAUGCGUGAAGUGAAGAAAGACAAAGAUGGUAAUUUGUCUUGUUCUUGUAGGUUGUUUGAGAUGAAAGGAAUAUUGUGUAGUCAAGUUAUUAAGGUUUUUAAAGAUGAAAUGAUUAUAAUCGAAAUUCCAAGCCAAUAUAUCCUGAAAAGGUGGACCAAAUUAGCAAGAGCUGAAAUUGUCCAAGAUUACAAAGGGCGUGAUAUUCAAGCUGACCCUAAGUUGGAACAGAGCAGUAGAUACAAGUCAUUGUGCUCCCUCUUUACUAUGAUUUCAUCCCAGGCAUCUGAAUUGGAAAAAACAUAUGAAGAUUGUGUUCAGGAAGGGAAAAAAUUGCUCGCAUUUGUUCAAAAUAAGUUGCGUAUACGUAUCACCAAUGGACCACUAAACUUAAAUGAUGCUAGCUCUACAAUGAGAAUGAAUGAGGGCAGUGAAAAUGUCAUUCAAGCGAAGGGACUGAAGAAAAGGAUUGACCCCAUUUGUGGAAGGUGA